GAAAAAUAAAACCCUAAUCCCCAAAUCCCAAAUCUCACUCCCCUCUCCUCUUUCCCGCCUCUCACUCACACAAUGGCCGACAAGAAGAAGCGCCGCCGCGCCGCCUCCUCCUCCGACUCCGAAUCCGACCCCCUCCACUUCAAAUCCAAGCUCAAACCCGACUCAUCCAUCCUCCAAACCCUCACCGCCCUCAAAUCCGCCUCCGCCUCCUCCUCCUCCUCCCGCCCCGCCUCCCUCUCCUCCCUCAACCUCCCCACCGCCUUCCGCGAGGUCUCCGACCUCCCCCUCUCCUCCGUCCAGUCCACCAUCGAGUCCCUCGCCCUCUCCCUCGCCCACUCCAUCCUCUCCGGCGCCGGCUUCUCCUUCUCCGUCCCCUCCCGCGCCUCCGCCAACCAGCUCUACGUCCCCGAGCUCGACCGCAUCGUCCUCAAGGACAAAUCCUCCUCCCGCCCCUUCGCCUCCGUCGCCUCCGUCCGCAAAACCACCAUCACCGCCCGCAUCCUCCAGCUCAUCCACCAAUUGAGCCUCAAAAACAUCCACGUCACCAAGCGCGACCUCUUCUACACCGACGUCAAGCUCUUCCAGGACCAAUCGCAGUCCGAUUCCAUCCUCGACGACGUCUCCUGCAUCCUCGGCUGCACCAGAUCCAGCCUCAACGUCGUCGCAUCGGAGAAAGGCGUCGUCGUAGGCCGAUUGAUCUUCAGCGACAACGGCGACAUGAUCGAUUGCACCAAAAUGGGGAUGGGAGGCAAAGCCAUUCCCCCAAACAUAGAUCGCGUCGCCGAUAUGCAGAGCGACGCUCUCUUCAUCCUCCUAGUCGAAAAAGACGCCGCAUACAUGCGAUUAGCCGAGGAUCGAUUCUACAACCGAUUCCCCUGCAUAAUCGUCACCGCGAAAGGGCAGCCCGAUGUCGCAACUCGCCUCUUCUUGCGCAAAAUGAAGAAUGAGCUGAAGCUGCCGGUGCUCGCCCUAGUCGACAGCGAUCCAUACGGAUUGAAGAUCUUAUCCGUCUACGGAUGCGGAUCGAAGAAUAUGUCGUAUGAUAGUGCGAAUUUGACGACGCCGGAUAUCAAGUGGCUGGGGGUGAGGCCUAGCGAUCUGGAUAAGUAUAAGAUUCCGGAGCAGUGCAGGCUGCCGAUGACGGAGACGGAUAUAAAGACGGGGAAGGAUUUGCUGGAGGAGGAUUUCGUGAAGAAGAAUCCGGGGUGGGUGGAGGAGCUGAAUUUGAUGGUGAAGUCGAAGCAGAAGGCUGAGAUUCAGGCGCUGAGCUCAUUCGGGUUUCAGUAUCUCACGGAGGUGUAUCUGCCGUUGAAGCUGCAGCAGAAGGAUUGGCUCUGAGGUGCAGGUGAGUUUUUCAUUUGGUGGAAAGGGAAUGUGUUGUGUGUGUGUUUGUGUUAUUGGAAAUGGAAAUGGAAAUGGAAAUUUCAAAUUUUAGUUUUUGAAGUGUUGGCAUAUGCAAAUUCUUGGGGAAUUCAAGAGAUGAGCAGUUGGUUGAA